CUGAAACACUGCCAAUUUAUUUAAGUAUUUUUUACAAAAUAAUGAUAUAAAAAUUACUUUAUAAGUAUUUUAUUUAGUGUUGUACAGUUUAUUAUUUAAUUAAAUCAAAAUGAAUUGUGAAUUAGGAAGACAAUUUGUCAUUGCAGCAUGUGUAUACUUAGGGCAGAUAAUAGUUGGUAUAUCCCUGGGCUGGACAGCACCAAUUAUAUCCAAACUCCAGAAUAUUGAAGAGACGCCACUGGAUCGUGUCAUCUCAGAUGCAGAAGCCUCAUGGGUCGUAUCUAUCACAUUCGUUGGGACCCUUACAGGUCCGUACAUCUCAGGAUAUCUGGGUAACGUGAUAGGCAGAAAGCCUUGCCUAUUCCUCGGAGGAACGAUGUUUUUGGUGUGCUUCGUAAUAUUUGGAUUCACAGUUCACAUAUCAAUGAUUUAUAUAGGCAGAAUAGUUUCUGGAAUCGGCUGCGGAAUCUUAUUUGUAACCAAUCUAGUCUACCUUGGAGAGUUGGCGUCAACAAAAAUCCGAGGUACCUUGCUGACUCUAACAGGGUUUUCCAGUACAUUUGGUAUACUGAUUGUAUAUUCAAUAGCUCCAUUUCUCUCAUAUGCUUGGACCAGUUGGAUCACCGCAAUGCUAUGCGUCUGUUAUCUGGCUGGGAUAUUUUUUGUCGUGCCUGAAACUGCGACAUAUCAGGUUAUGGCUGGAAAUAAAGAAGAAGCGAUGGCAAUCCUAACAUCACUUGGCAGAAAAGGAGACAUAGAUGACGUAGUUGCAGCAGCCAAUGAAAAACCAAUGUCCAACUUCGAACAACUCACAGAAAUGUUCACACUCAAAACUAACAGAAAAGCCCUAUUCAUCAUCAUAGUUUUGAACAUUUGUCAACAAGCAAGUGGUUUUACGGCUAUCAUUUCAUUUGUGACAGUCAUAUUUGAAUUAACUGGAUCGAACAUUCCAGCUCAUAUUUCUACAAUUAUUAUUGGAGUGGCUCAAGUAUUUGCAGCAAGUAUUGCUCCAGUUCUUGUAGAUAGAAGUGGAAGAAGAAUUUUGUUGUUAGUAUCUACGGCUGCUUGUUCAAUAAGUUUGGUUGCUCUAGGAACGUACUUCUACAUGUACAACACAGAUCAUCCAGCUGUGGACAGCAUACAGUGGCUGUCUCUAGUGUCGUUGAUGCUUUACUUCAUUGCCUACUUCAGCGGUUUCGGCAUCAUCCCCAACACGUUUAUCGGGGAGAUGUUCACGGACAACUGCAGAAGUUUCGCUUCCACAUUCACCGUCACCGUUGGCUGGCUGUUCGGCUUCGCAGUCUCCUCAACCUUCGGGUACAAACUAGCAGCCUGGGGCCCGGCAGUUGUUUUCUGGAUAUAUGCAGUCGCAUGCGCUUUUACGUUCUUCUUUAGUGUCGUGUUUGUACCCGAAACUAAAGGAAAGAGCUUCUUAGAAAUACAGAAGAUGUUAGGUGGUAGUUGAAUACUGAAUUGCUGUGAUAUUAAAUAUAUUUUUUGUACAUA